AUGGAUGCAGAUCAAGUGGCAAAGUUCUUGGAACUGGAUGAGAAAUUGUCUAAAGUGCGUUCUCAGGCCACGUCCAAAUUGCUGAAUCAGAAAACCAUUGCAAUUACUCUAGUCGCAGUUGAAGAAAACAUAUCAAACUUUGACACCAAUGAACCUGGCAAGAACCUCAUUAACUACUUGAUUGCAUUUUUGUCCCUAUUGGACACUGCCACGGAUGCAGAGGGCAAUAUUCAAAAUUACGAAGUUGCAACCUCAGCAGUGUAUCUGUUAGACAUUUUACUUCACUACACGCCAAAUCAACUGUUGAGGUCGAAGUUUAUUGACAUCUUGACCAAAGUUGCACCAUACGUCGUUAUAGAUACAGAGGAACAUUCCAUGCUUAUCAGAUCUGCCAUUGGAUGUUUGGAAGCGUUGCUGGUUGCCCAGGAUGCACAAGCCUGGAAUAACACGCACAACUUGGCGAUUACCCCACGAAGAGCUUUGCAAGGUCUUUUGGAGCUGUCGUUGGAUCACAGACCUAAGAUCAGAAAGAGAGCCUUGGAGUCGAUUUCUGUGAUACUAUCAUCUCCACCUGCAGCGCCCACCUCGGAACACGUCGCCUCUUUAGGGAUUGCAGAUUUUGUAAUGGCAUCUUGGCAAACGGCGAUUAAUGAAUUGAGCCAAAUGGGGAAAAAGAAGAAGAAGAAUCAGCAACAGGAUGAGGACGCGCUAAGUAACGAUGUCAUCAAACUGAACAAACUAAUUAACACAGUUGUCUCGACGGGCCAAUGGCCCUCGAAGUAUAUGGAACCACUGUGCGAUUACCUAUUGGAGAUAAUCAAGUCAUCAAAUCAAUAUUUAGUGGCGUCCACAUUUCAAUGUUUCGAAAAUUUGUUCCAAUCUAUCGCCGAUUUCUCAACAAAGGCAUCUGAGGCGAAAUAUUUGCUAAUUUUGGACACCAUAUUUUCGAUGAAACCUGCCAAUUCUGAUACACAUUUGGCUUCUGCGUGGAUGGCUGUCAUUGUUAAAGCCAUGUCAACGUAUGCAUCUAUACAGCCCCUCAACUGUUUCGAGAGGUUACCCAAAGUAUUUGAGGUUUUCGCGGCCUACCUCCAAAGUGAUUCCAAGGAGAUUGCAUAUAGUGCAUCCCAAAGUUUAAUUGGGAUAUUAACAGAAUCUGUCAAAGACGAGCUUCUGUUAAGAAAAUACGAACGCGUUCAAAAAGUUGAUAAGAUCGUUGGUCAAUUGUCCAAGCGUUUCGUAGACUUCCUCUCUGUUAGAUACGCCAAUUCCGCCAACGAGGUGCUACAAGUCAUUGCUGUAGCCUACCAGAAAUUUGGGUACAAAUCCGCCAAAAGUAUUGUUGAUCCACUUGUGAUUGUUGAUAAAUGGAGGAACAACGAGAAGCACGCGCAUUAUAUGGAAUUGCAAGGGGGUAUUGAACUGGUAGUGGGAUCUGCUAUUACUGCAAUGGGCCCCGAUGUUGUCCUUCGUAUUCUACCCUUGAAUUUGACGAACAACCAACAACCUGGUAGAGCUUGGCUGCUGCCCCUGUUAAGGGACUACACCAAACACGCGAAGCUAUCAACCUUCGUCACUGAGUUGACCCCAGUGAUCAAGUCAUUCACUGAAAAAAUUGCCCCAAUUGCGGAUACCGAAUCAAUCCAAUUGAAGAUCUUUCAAACUAUUUUGGAUCAACUGUGGUCCACUUUACCUCAUUUUACCGAGUUACCAAGUGACCUAAGAACUGCGUUCACCGAUGAGUUUGCGCAGGAGCUGUGCUCUUUGAUGUACAGCAACGUCGAACUAAGGACAACCAUCUGUCAUUCGUUGAAGGUACUCGUCGAGUCCAAUCUGGCGUACACGCAAAACUCGUUGGAGGCGCCUCUUCUUCUGCAAGAGGUCUUCCCAGUGGAGGAGACUGUCAAAAAUCUGGAAUAUUUGACCUCGAAAGCUGUCAACUUACUUGCAGUUUUAUUCAACGUCUAUACUCAAACGGCUCCAAACACGAGAGGUUACAUCUUGGAGACCAUCGAGUCCCUUUUGAAGAUUACUACUCCCGUUGACUUGGAGAAGACAUUCAACAAUGUGUGUACCCUUUUGAAGGAUGCCAUGGAGAAGGAGGCCAAGCUGAGCGGGUCAAAUCGGUCCGGGACGCAGUUGACAUCCACUCUGUUGGAUAUCAUCAUCACGAUGGUGAAGUACUUGCCUGAGACCAGCUACGCCGCUCUAUUCUCUAUCUUUGACAUCACGAUUAAGUCCACGAAUACGUUGGUUCAAAAGAGGGCGUACAGAAUUAUCAACAAACUAUCUGAAUUGGACCCCGGGUCCACGUCUAUCCUGGAGCACAUCCGGUCGAUUAAAGAUACCAUGGUGAGCAAUGCUGAGACGGUGCAGACUGCGUCGCGUUCCGCGCGGUUGACUGCGAUCAAGACGCUGAUCAAGCUGUUGCCACUUGACCAGUUGGAUUUCAUCGUGAAGAUUGUUGCCGAGGUGAUCCUGUCGACGAAGGAUGUCAACGAGAAGACAAGGGAGGCAGCUUUUGAUAUCUUGCUUUUGAUGGGCCACAAGAUGCAGGAACAAGGCGGUGUGAUCCGGAUGGUGAACGAGAACGGGCUGGAGGACAUGCAGCCAUCGAGUGUUGGCGAGUUUUUCAAGAUCAUAUCUGUCGGGCUGAUCGGUGAAUCGCAACAUAUGGUGAGCAGUACGAUCACAGCUUUUGCGUGUUUACUGUUUGAGUUCAAGGAAUCGCUUCCUGGGGAUAUCAUUUUGGAAGUGUACGACACGAUCGAGUUGUAUUUGACGUCGAACUCGAGAGAGAUUGUUAAGAGUGCGAUUGGGUUUACAAAGGUGUGUGUUUUGGGGCUCCCCGUUGAGAUGAUGCGUUCCAAGAUCCCAGGGUUGCUUGUGAACUUGCUGCGGUGGUCGAACGAGCACACGGGGCACUUCAAGCAGAGGGUGAAGCACAUCAUUGAGCGGUUGAUUAGGCGGUUCGGGUACGACUUCAUUGCGGAACACUUCCCCGAGUCUGACAUGAAGCUGCUAGCGAACAUCCGGAAGAUCCGUAAUAGAAGCAAGCGCGAGACUGGUGCUGAUUCUGAGAUCCUGCUCCCUGAUGUAGCGAAGGGACCCAAGUUUAUGUCUGCGUUUGACGAGGCCAUUUACGAUUCUGCAUCGGAUACAGAGGAUCGUGGCGACGCUGAGCAAGAAACCGCGGGCAAGGGUAAGCGCCAAGCGUCGCAGAAAUACAUUGUGGAGAAGUCUGGGGACAAUCCGCUUGAUUUGUUGGAUUCCGAGACUCUUGCGCAUAUCUCUACGACGAGACCCAAGAAAUUCCAGAAGGGCAAGAAGGGCACCAUUAGUGACGAUAUGUUCAAUUUCGAUGCAGAGGGCAAGCUUGUGAUGAAGGGUGCCCCUGCUGCUGGUGCGCGCGGCCAAAGUCAAAACCGUGACGACGGCGAGGAGGACCCACUGAAGUCUGUGACGAAUGGUAUCAAUGCGUACUUGGAGGCUGUUAAGCAGGGCCCCGUUCGUGGUCAGAAGAACAAGUUGAAAUUCAAGAACCGUGCGGGUCAGGAUGCCGAGUCGCAAGGCUUUAGCGACGACGAGGACAACCGGAAGACGCUCGGUGCGAAACCCCAGGGGAACAGAGUCGGCAAGAAACAAGGCGGUAGGCAAGGUGGUAAGCAAGGUGGUAAGUUCAAGUCGAGGCGGAAGUUGUGA